ACAGCGCGCUGCCUGGAAGACACAACGCGAACGAUCGCAGGGGACGGAUACCCGCGGGCCGCCCCGUACCCGCCGCAGCAGCCCGGGGCACGCCAGGGCCUGCCCGAGCCCGCCGGCGUUUGCCGGGCCGGGCCGAGCCGCCCCGUGCCGGGCAGUGCCGGCGCCCGCCCCGAGGUGCUGCGUGAGACGACCUGCGCGAGCCGCCUCGCGCCCCGCGGUUAUUUUGACCCCGGCGGCAGCCCGUACCGGCCGCGCCCGGAGCGCCGCGGUGACGCAGCGCGUGCCCCGGCGCCCAGCGCCCAGCCAACCAGCGGGCGAGGGGCAGCGACCAACCCGCCGGACAGCCGCGCGCGACACGGCUGCGGCGGCAGCGCUCGCCCCGCCCCGCCCCGCCCGUUGCAACGGUCCGCCCGGCGCCGCGGUGCGGCCGGUCGCCUCCGCUCUGCGCCUCGCCGCCGCUCCCUGCCGCCGCGACAGGAGAAACCUAGUAACUAAGAAGAAGCCAGCUUAAUAGGAUUUCAGAUGUGGCAAUGGCAUCUGCUGUAAUCAGUUCGGUUCCUACCACUGCAUCUCGUUUUGCUUUACUACAAGUCCUAAGUGAUACUGAUUCAGAGCCUGGAAAAGGAAAAAGUGGCCGAGGUGUCAGUAAGUCUCAGGCUUCAGGGGGAAGACAAUCUGCAAAUGAGAAAAAAAGAAAUAAAAGAAGAAAAAAGAAAGAACAGCAGCAGAGUGAGGCUAAUGAGCUCAGAAACCUUGCUUUUAAAAAGAUUCCUCAGAAAUCCUCACAUGGAGGCUGUUUAUCUCAGCAUGAACAAAAACUGAACACUGCAGUGCAGAAGAGCACUGGGGAAGAAAACUGGCAGGAGUGGAGACAAAGAGAUGAGCAGCUGACAUCUGACAUGUUUGAAGCUGAUCUUGAAAAAGCAUUGCUGCUAAGCAAACUUGAAUACGAAGAACACAAAAAGGCGUAUGAAAACGUUGAAAGUACUUCACCUCAGUCAAAGUCUGUGAAUAAGAAAAAGAACCAGCAAGGAAAAGACAAACCUCUCACUGUGUCUCUGAAAGACUUUCAGUCAGACAGUAAUAUAGAUAACCCUGCUAAAAAACACGAGGAAGUGAACGCUUCCCAGUCUUCGUUGCAUGAUGGAAAAUUUUUCAACAGGCUGGAAGAUGAUGUUCACAGAAUACUUCAAAAAGAGAAAAGGAGAGUCCAUCUCAAUGAUUACAGUGAAACAGAUAACUGCAGAUCUCAUGAAGACAACCAGGAGAGUGCUUUGAAAGAUGGAAAAACCGAGCGACUAAAGCUCGAGCUUGAAAAGAAAGAUGCAGAAAUUGAGCAACUGAAAAAUAGAAUAACUCAGUGGGAGGCAAAGUAUAAAGAAGUAAAAGGAAGAAAUGCCCGGCUUCUGAAGAUGAUGCAAGAAGGUGAAAUGAAAGACAAAGCAGAAAUACUCCUGCAGGUUGAUGAAUCUCAAAUUAUAAAAAAUGAAUUGACUGUACAGGUAACUAUACUUCAUGCAGCAUUAGAGCAAGAAAGAUCCAAAGUGAAACUACUGCAGGCAGAAUUAACAAAAUACCAGACUGGGAAAAAAGGGAAAAAGCACUCAGAAUCUGACCAGUGCAGAUGAUCUCCUCUGCCACCAGAUUCAAAGCACAAAACAUCAAAUCUUUCUUCAGGGUUUUGCAGAAAUUUAUAUAUUCGUUGCACAACUGCUAAACUAUGCAGUUUUUGAAGAGAAAUAAACGAUUGCUAGUUUGUUUAACAAUAUAAAUAAUCGAUUUGUUGCACUUUCUGCUACAGAAAAUUGGAAAACCAGUAUUCCAGCAGAGAUGAAGCUAGCUGUAAUGCUAUUAGUUUUUCAUCAUUCAAUAAAAUUUACUCUUGCA